AUGUCAGAGGGGAUAGCCGCUCCGGGAAGAGCAGAUGAUACCCUUCACCCUUUCUCAGAAGCGUAUGCCCUCUCCCUCGACGCCGCAGACCCUCUCUCUCAUUUCCGCUCAGAAUUCCACAUUCCGACCCUCUCAGACUUGAGACGUUCGACACUAUCGAAGUCGCCAGAGGAGACCCCCUCAAAGCCAUGUACAUACCUCUGCGGCAACUCUCUUGGUCUUCAGCCUACCCGGACAGCAAGUCUAGUCACUUCCUUUCUGACGCAAUGGCGGACGAAGGGUGUGUUAGGGCAUUUUGUUGAGCACUCCGACUCCCCACUACAGCCCUUUUUGCAUGUUGAUGACCAAGCCGCAAAGCUCAUGGCGCCAAUCGUUGGUGCGAAGCAAGAUGAAGUCGCCGUCAUGGGUACGUUGACAGGGAAUUUGCAUCUACUUAUGUCGAGCUUCUACCGACCUAGCCAGAAAGGUGAAGGAAGGUGGAAGAUCAUGCUGGAGGGCAAGGCCUUCCCGAGUGACCACUACGCAGUCGAGUCGCAGAUUGUCCACCAUGGUCUUGAUCCAGCAGAGGCGAUGAUUUUGCUGGAGCCUUCUGACGAACAUCGUCCGAUUUUGCCGACGCAACAGAUUCUCGAGGCGAUUGACAAGCACGCUCACGAGCUUGCACUAAUUCUUCUCCCGGGCAUUCAGUUCUACACGGGCCAGUACUUCGACAUAUCGACCAUCACAAAGCACGCCCACGCAAAGGGCAUUCUGAUAGGCUGGGAUCUGGCUCACGCGGUUGGGAACGUGGAUUUGAACCUCCAUGACUGGGACGUUGAUUUCGCAUGCUGGUGCAGUUACAAGUACCUCAACUCCGGACCGGGGGCUAUGGCCGGUAUCUUCGUGAAUGAAAAGUACGGCAAGGUCGAUAUGGACAAGGAGACAGGGCAGAGAUUUUGGCCCCGGCUGAGCGGGUGGUGGGGAGACGACAAGAGCAGCCGGUUCCAAAUGACGAAUAAAUUUAUGCCCAGGCCAGGCGCAGCGGGCUACCAACUAUCCAAUCCCAGCGCCCUCGAUAUCACCGCCGUAAUUGCGUCGUUGCAAAUCUUCAAUCAAACCUCCAUGGCUGCCUUGCGAGCGAAGUCCCUCCGUCUGACGGCUUAUCUAGAAGAACUCCUCGCUGCAAUGUCCGCGAGAUCUCCGAGGAAAUUCGAUAUCAUCACGCCCGGGAGCCCCAGUGAAAGGGGGGCGCAACUCAGCAUUCGACUAGCGCCCGGUCUGCUUGAUCAUGUGCUGGAGCAACUCGAAAGUAAUGGUGUCGUGGUCGACGAGAGGAAGCCCGAUGUCCUCCGAGUUGCCCCGGCGCCGUUGUACAACUCCUUCGCCGAUGUAUUUCAUUUCUGCCAGGUACUCGAAGCCGCUCUAAUCACUGAAGCAUCAUCCGGGCAAAGUUUGGCCAGUGUCCCACCGGGAUUGGAAAGCGUUUGA